AUGGCCGAGAGUCCCUCAAACUUCGGAACCGAUUUAGGCUCUCCCGUUAAAGUCUCGCCGUCUAAGCUCGCCAUGAACCAUGGAGCCUUUUUGGCCAACAUGAAUAACGGCGAUAGUCCCACCAAGGUUCCGGGCGUAGGCGCCGGAUCGUCAAGCACCAAAGUAAUUGAGUCUCUCCAUGCUCAGAUUGACAAUCUGACGACUACCAAUUUACAAUUGACUGUUCAAUCAAACAAUUUACUGUCGCGUUUAGAGUCUGCGAACACCAAGCAAUCUAAGCAGCUCGAAACAAUUUCAACUCUAAAGCACGAGAAUGAUAACUUGAACGCGAUGCUAGCAAGAAAGGAGAGACGCUUGAAGGAAGCAGAACAAGAGCUUGUACAAUUGAAAAGCUCUUUUGAAUCGACUUCUUUGGAGAAUCAAAACCUACAGCAGGAAAUGAAGACUUCAUGUCAGCGUGAAAAUGCAUUGGAUCAAAAAUUACAACUUUUGCAAGUUCAAUAUGACGCCCUUGCGGAUGGCCAGAAACGUUACAGGGAUUUAUAUGAAAAGGAAGUUGCUGAACUACGGUCAAAUCUUCAAGUACUGAAAAAGGAAAAUGAUAUUUUCAUUACCAAGAAUAUCAGGAAUGUCGUUAACAACAGUUCUGUUUUGCAACAAAAGCUGAACCAGUAUGGAUCGAAGUUCAAAGGGCUCGAGUCUCUCUCUAAUGAGCACAUGGAAACACUUUCUCAGCGAGUUGAUAAGUUUGCUCUCGAGUUAGAUUUGCCAAGAUGGCAAGAAUUAUACAAGGAAACAAGAGAUAUGGCCCUUGAAUAUGCUCGAGAAAUGAAUUUGAAAAUCCCUCAAAGCUUUACAGAGCAACAUAAUACGAAGAUAACUGUUGAAUCGAAAUUCAAGACCCCAGAUAGCACACCACCUUUAGCUUCAAACGGUGGAACGUUUGCACACCCACAAAUACGAAUUCCAAAAGUUAGAAAUUCAUCAUCAAAUAAAAGGAGCAGUUUUUACGGGUCUAGUGGUCCUAUAGUGGGUACUUUACCUUCAACCAGCUCGGCCUCUUCUCCUUCGGUUAAUUCUCUUCCCGGUGUAAAGAGGUCUUCAUCUACAAGAGUGUCUUCACCACCAUCUCGUUCAUUUUCCGAGUUUGAGUCGAAUGGCACCGGAACCAAUACAGCAGUUCCUUCAACGGCUGCGAAGCUAUCAAGAAGUUCCUCCAGAAAAUCAUCUGCGCCCAAGAAAAAGAGAGAGCCUUCUCAUUCGAGAAACCGAUCAGCCUCCGUUAUAAUGGGGCCUUGA